CAAAAUGGGAUGGUAAUCAUGGCUUGCGAAGAUGUGAGAAUUACAGAAAGUUUGCGUGUAAAAAUUGGAGAAGCCAAGAAUCUUUGUGCCACUUCAAGUGGAUUGAAGAGCACAUACUGCACCUUAAACCUCGACAGGGAAGAAAUCUUCAAGUCCAGUGUCAUUGAGAGAUCCACCAACCCUUUCUAUGGUGCAGAAUUUUCUGGUGAAAUCCCUCGACAGUUCCGCUACCUCUCCUGCUAUAUACAUGAGAAACCAGACAAGGUGAUUGGGAAGGUGUCGAUCAGGAAGAAGGAUCUGCAUAAGUACCACAACAAAGACCACUGGUUCCCCAUACUGCCUGUGGGGGCUAGUAAUGAAGUGCAGGGCAAAGUUCACCUAGAGUGGAGGUUUGAAGAGUACCUGGCCAGUGAUGAAGACUACGGUGUCACACACAGACUUGCUGUCAGAGUUGUGGAGUGCAAUGACCUGCCAGUGACCAAUGGAGCAUGUAAUCCGUAUGCAGUCGUGACGUUAUCAUAUGGUAAAGUAAAGAAUCGAGAAGAAGUUAAGCGAACAAAUGUGAAGAAGAAGACCAUAUGCCCACAGUUUGACGAGACAUUCUUCUUUGAUCUUGAGAACAAAGGCCAGAAUCAUGAGCGGAACCUGUACACGAUAGAUGACAUCUUCAGUGGCGAGCUGAGGGUCUCUCUGUGGCACACAGACUCCCGGGUCACACGGGAGGUCCUGGGCGGGAUGUUUCCCGGCCUCCACCUGGGGGAGGUGAAACUCCCCCUCUCUGAACUCAGUCAGAGCUCAUCACACAACUCAUGGUAUUUCCUGCGGCCUCUUCAAAGCCUGCGACCCCCCACAGAGGACCUGGGCUCCCUGCGUCUCAAGAUCUCCUACUGUACGGAGCACGUGUUCUCAUCUUUUCACUAUGAGGACCUCCGCAACUUACUACUUGAGUCUUCAGAAAUCAAGCCAAUCAGCUCCAGUGCAGCCUAUAUCCUUGGGCAGAUCUCAGAUAGUCUUGAAGACGCAUCACAGCCGUUGCUUAAAGUAUUUCUUCAUCACGGAAAAGUAGUCCCAUUCAUUCAGUCACUGGCUGAGUAUGAAAUAGAGAGAACAUCAGACCACAACACGCUGUUUCGAGGUAACACCCUACUGACCAAGAUGGUGGACUGUCUGAUGAAGCUUGUUGGACUGCCAUAUCUGUCACAUAUCCUGAAGCCUACCAUUGACCAGAUUUGCACAGAACGUUUACCCUGUGAGAUUGACCCCAGCAGACUUCACGUGGGUGAAAACAUCAACGCUAGCCUGGAUAAUCUAAGGACAUAUGUGGAACAGGUGUUUGAGGCAAUCACUAACUCCGGGUUGCUGUGUCCCAGGGUGAUGACGGACAUAUUUUGUACCUUGAAAAAGGCUGCUUGUGAACAUUUCUCAGAGAAGACAGAGGUGCGUUACCAGGUGGUCAGUGGGUUUGUGUUUCUCAGGUUCUUUGCUCCAGCCAUACUUGGACCUCAGUUCUUUGAUCUCACAACAAAUGUACAGGAUAGUGGUACCAGCAGGACACUAACGCUGAUUUCCAAAACAAUCCAGGGCCUGGGAAACUUGGUCAGCUCUAAGUCGUGGUCAUUCAGCCUUAAAGAAGAUUACAUGGUGCCGCUAUUUGAAAAACUGUCGGACAGUGUCCACACCAGCGCAGUGAAAAUGUUUCUUGAUAUCAUAUCUUCAUCAUCAGAUAACUCCACUUCAGAUGACAGCAGCUUUGACAUGCCAAUAGUCCUUAAACAAGGCACUCUGAUCAAGAGGGCGCAAGGUCGCCGUCGGUUCGGCAUGAAGAACUUCAAGCAGCGCCACUUCUGCUUGACCACCAAGUCCCUGACCUAUGGCAAGGUGGCGGGAGCGAUACCUCUGUGCAAGAUCCCUGUGGGAGACAUCCGGGCGGUGGAGAGACUUGCUGAGCAGUCCUUCAAAAUGAAAUAUAUGUUCCAAAUUAUCCAGCCAUCCCGUGCCUUGUAUGUGCAAGCCAGCAACUGCAUUGAGGAAAAGGAAUGGCUGGAUGUGUUGACGAAAGUGUGCUGUGGUAACAGUCAGCGUCUGAACCUCUACCACCCUGCUGCCUUUCUCAAUGGACGUUGGCUCUGUUGUAACGAGGCAGUCCAGAGCAGCUCCGGAUGCACCCCCGUGUCCGGUCCCCAGCCCCCCACCGACGUGACGAUAGACAUCGACACAGACCGCCAGAUGGAGAAGAUUCACGCCAUCUUCUUUAGCAACAUGGAGAAGAUGGAGGCAAUGCAAGACGCCUGUGGUGCCCUGGAGGUCUACACGGGGGGCAAGUUCUGCGUUCCCAUGGAGAUUGAGGACAGCAAAUCAUGCUUCGAGAUGAUCAAUGAGAUACUGCGCUGCGUGAUAGGGCUGGAGCAGGCGCAUAUACAGUAUCGGAAACACGCACAGAAGGAACAUGUACAGGGAUCCUUUGAAAGCCCAAUUGGUGAUGACAGUGUUCUGUCUCAGAUGUCAGAGGGGGGCACAAAAUUGUAACCAUGACAACAGAAAAGCCUGGGAUACCAAAAUGAGCUGUGCGUUUCAUCACUUAUGUAUUCACCUUCAUUAUUAUGUACUUCAUUGAAACUGCCAUUGGUUUACCUCAGUGUAGCACAUUAUUAUUUACAUGUUUAGAUGCUUAUAUUGUUUAUUUUUAAUAAAUUUUUAUUGAAAAAUAAUUUUCAGGUUCCUUGUGUGUAGUAGUGAAAUCCAAUCAGUUGAAAUUUAAUAUUUUGCUUUCUGAUCAUUUCAUACAAAUCAUGAUUUAACUUUGAAUCAUAUUUUUUAAUUUUUAAAGUCAUUUUGUCAAGACAUCGAGACAUACAAUGUUUGUCAAAAUAUAUCAGAAACAUUACAAAUUUGAUAGGUGAAUGAAGUAUACAUACAUAUAAGUGGUACUCAGAAUAAUUAUUUUAUUCCUUUAAUUUUAAUUUAUAAUUUUAUCUACAGGCAAGUGCUUUUCGAUACAUUUUUGUCUGAAUGGGUGGUUAUAUAAGUACAAUUAUGUAACUUGCUAUGUGUUACAUUUUGAUUCAUGGAAUAUCAUUCGUUUUUAACUUUUAUUUUAAUUAAAUAUUUUGUUGCCAUUAAGAUAGUAAAUUACAGUUAUAUGUUUCUUAAUGUUAUAGUACAAUGUAUAAUGAUUGGGUUGCAUGUAUUUUGGUAACUUUUCUAAGCCUGUUUUUCCUAACAUGUUGCACCAUUUUUUAACUGUAAGCAUCAGGAAAAGUAUUCAUUAAAAGUUGUGUAUGCUGAGUGCAUACUGCUGCUAAAAAGGAUCGUGCAAUGAUAAUCAUUUAUCACAGAGUGUAAAAGACUCAUCAACAUAAAAAAAUGAAAUCCAUUAUUAUGAGCCACGCUCAAUGAAAAGGGGGUUUAACCCUUUGCAUGCUGGGAAAUUUGUCGUCUGCUAAAAUGUUGUCUGCUGAAUUUCUAAAAUUAGCAUUUUGUUCUAUUUUUUUCAAAGAAUACUAUCAGAAUAGCAAACAGUUUGGAUCCUGAUGAGACACCAUGUUCUGUGGCGUCUCAUCUGGAUCCAAACUGUUUGCAAAGGCCUUUAAAAUUUGGUACCCGCACUGAAAGGGUUAAUACAGUGUCGUCCCAGAUUAGCAUCUGUGGUCAGCACAGGUUAAUCAGGGAACACUUUCUGCCAAAACUGGAUUUUUGCUAAAAAAAUACUUUUUUUAAACAAAAAAUAUCCUAAAAGCGGAAAGUGUCGUCCCUGAUUAGCCUAACUGCACAGGCUAAUAUGAGAAGACACUUUACGCACAUGCAUGAAACCCCCUCUUCACAGAGCACGGUUCUAAUGUUGUCAUGAUUAUAGGGCAAUGUAGUUUAACAUAGGGCAAUUAUAGGAAUAGGUCAUGGUGGAAUGUUUGGGUGGGGAUAACUUGUUGCUUUGUUAAUAUAUUGUUAUCUUGGGAGGGAGGUAAAACCUAUUUUGACGCAUUAUGUAUUCCGUUAGAAACUUAAAUUUAUUUAAAAACCUUUCUUACUUGAUUCAAGAUUAAAAGGCUUCAUUUCCAACUAGAAGAUACUGAUGAGCAGCAAACAGCAUAAAACCUGAACAGACUGCAAUUUACUUGCUGGCUGUUCUGGUUUUGUGCAGUUUGCUCAUAGCCAUUUUCACUUUGCUUCUGAGUGGGAGAGGGUUAUCCCUUUGCAUGCUGGGAAAUUUGUCGUCUGCUAAAAUGUUGUCUGCUAAAUUUCUAAAAUUAGCAUUUUCUUCGAUUUUUUUUCAAAGAAUACUAUCAGAAUAGCAGACAGUUUGGAUCCUGAUGAGACGCCACGUUCUGUGGCGUCUCAUCUGGAUCCAAACUGUUUGCACAGGCCUUCAAAAUUCGGUUCCCGCACUGAAAAUGUUAAAGGAAUGGUUGGUAGAGAAGGAAGAUGUUUGUUUAACUUUCAACUGAGACAGAAUGUUCGUACGAAACAGACUACAUGUAUAUAACAAAAAGCAGACAAACCAAAUCAAAAGAAUGACAAUAAAUUACUAGAUGCAUUGUCUACCAUACUUGACAUGUUUAAAGCAGGAUAAAAAAUUAAGUGUAUGUUUUAGUCAUCGAAAAUAAGUGCUUGUCUUUGAAAUGAGGUGAUUUUUUGGAGAAAAAACAGGCUUCAGUUGUGUAAUUAAUGGUGGAUGGAAGAUUUUAAAAAGGGUGAGCAUUUCAAGGAAAGUUAAAAUAGAAUUUGAUGGUUAUAAGUUUGAAACAGACUUUAAGAAAGAGAUAUUUAUAGGCGAUCUUUUUUUUCUUUACUUACGCAUAUUGGUUAGUCAUAGUAGUGCUUUGUUGUUAUUUCUUCUGAUGUGCUUCUGCUUGCAUUAUUUCAUUAGUUGAGCCAUGAUGGCUUAUGGCUUAUCAGUCGUGAUGGAUAUUAUACACAUAGUUUCUUUGCCUCAUUUAGUUGUAAUUGUGUACAAACAUGUCACAAGUAGGUGAAUGUGCUUUUUUGUCAAAAAUGUUCAAUAUUUUGGUGCUUGUUCACAAAUAUUUGGAUUGCCAAAGUCAGAUUGUGUAAUAAGAAGAACUUUUUAUGUUGUAUUUUAAGCAUGAAGAGCUGAAGAUGAGCAAGUAUGAUCACUCUGUAUCUGGCAUCCUUUAUCAUGAACAUUGCAGUGAUUGUCUACAUCAUCAAAUAUUAGCUUGUUACUACUCUAGAGGCCAUAUUUUUGUCUAAUCUUGAUUAAAUUUUGUCACAAUGUUUAUCUUGAUAAUAUCUAAGCUGAGCUGAAUCCAGAUCAUAUGCGUCCAAAAACUAGGUCACUAGGUCAAAGCUUAGAAAAACUUUGUUAUUGGCAGAGGCCAAAUUUAUGACGUAAUCUUGAUUACACAUGGUCAGAAUGUUUAUCUAGGUAAAGUUCAUAUGGGUCCACGUACCAAAAACUAGAUCACCAUGUCGAAAAACCUUGUUACCACUCUAGAGGCCACAUUAAUGAUAAAAUCUUGAUAAAACAUGGUCUAUCUUAUAAUAAACCUUGCUAUCACCCUAAGGACCACAUUUAAAACAUGAUCUUGAUAAACUGUGGUCAGGAUGUUUAUCUUAACAUUAUCUAGGCUAAGUUUAAAUAUGUGUCACAUGCAUUGAAUGAUAAGGUCUCCAGGUCAAAACAUUUAUGACUUGAUAUUGAUGAAAAUUGGUCAGAAUGUUUAUCUUGGCCAAAUUAGGUCGUCUUUGAGCCCCGAGUCAUGUGCAGUGUGGUAAUAACACUACUGGUUAAGUCGUCAACAAUUGGUGGCCAUGAACUCAGGUGAACGCUUAUGAGCCAUUGUGUCAUUAUGGUUAAACGAGUUCAGACACUUGUUUAAUUUUCAAUACAGUUCACAAUUAUGUAUUAUUGUUGUUAUUACAAAAAUAAUAAGUGCUAAAAUGUAUCUUUUUAACUUCUUAAUCCGUACAACAUUUUCAUGGUUGAUCGCUAUGAAGUUCAAAGAAAUAUAGCUGUUGAAGAUUUAUUAAAACAUGAUUAACACGCCAUUUGCCCCAUCAAAAUAAAAGCAAAUGUUUACAAUAUCUUUAAGAAUGGUUGCCUUUAAAAAAUUUUUUUAAUCAAAACUUGCAACCUGAAUCAUUUCAUCAGUUGCAUUAUGUUUUAUUGUUAUGUGCAAUUUAAAUAUUGUUUAUACCCUUGUGUUCCCCAGUUAUACGUCUGUUUUUAGUGAGAUUGUAUUUUGACAUUAUCCCUGUACUCUUUCUAGUCAUUCCUGAGGUCAUGUUGUUAUGUCAGGUUCAUGUUUAAUGUUGGAUACUACGCUGUUAUAUGGUGCUGUUUUGUAUGUAUUUUAAAAGUGCAAAAAAAUAUCAGCAAUCAUUUGUACAAUUGUUACAUAUUACCUCAAGUGUUGUUAUUCCCCGGCUUUGAUUGAACUGUAGGCAUAUUAGGAUGUACUUUCUAUCAGAUAUUCUGUCCUUCCUUGCAAUGUUAUACCUCGACAAUAUUGAUCUGGUACUCUAUUAGAAAAAACAAACUUACACUGCAUGGAUUGUUUUCUAUAUUUGCAUUCUGUUUUGUUUUUGAAUAAGUUGAGUGAGGCCAUUAUAGUAAACUAGAACCGAGUGAAGGAUGCUUCAACGGAUUUAAAUUGCUUCUAAGAUUGAAACUUAUUCGUUCGUGUAAAUGUAGUUUUAUUUUUUCAUGCAUAAAGGUCAGUGCCAUAUUACUAUUGCCAAGCUUAAACUAUUAAUAGAUUUAAUAGUUUAAUCUGGAGACAUUUGAAUAAGGCUGUCUAACUUUACAGGGAUCAUCAGUGCUUAAAGCAUGUUUCUUUGUAUUUUAAGUUUAAUAGUACAUGUAAAUUCACAGAUAUGCUCAUGUUUAGUAAUCAUAUUCAAGUAGCAUUUUUCAUUAGAUUGUUCACGAUCUUGUAAACAGAGUUCAACUCUUCUUAGAAGAAUUAAUUUUAACUUUAUAAGUAAGCAUUUCAAUAGUGUGGACCCUUAAAAAGUUAAAUAUAAUUUAAGACUUUUCUUACUAUAUUCAAGUUUUAAAGGCUGUUUUUCCAACCCUAAGUUACUGAUGAGCAGCAAACAGCAUAAAAGUUACUUGAAGGCUGUUCUGGUUUUAUGCUGCUUGCGCAUAGCCAUUUUCACUUUGCUCUGAGUGGGAAGGGUUAAUAUAAUGGCACCUUAUGUUUGACAUUAAUUAUUGAUAUUCAUGAUUGUACUUAUCUUUUUUUCAGCUAUAGAAUGGACAUUUUUAUGUAUCUUAUUUUAUCACUUUAAAAUGUUUCUUGUAAUUAUGCAUACUUAUGUUCUUUGCUUUCAACAGUUAGCUUCUAGAUGCCUUCUAAAGAUAAGUACCCGGUAGCAUAAGUAGAAUGUCGCCCAAUAGGAAAUUGUACAUAUGUUUUAUACUAAGAUUUUUUUUUAAAUCAUAGGAAGGUUGGUAGUAACGACAGUAUAUAUGUAUGAUUUUUAGAUGAAAGAAUAUAGUUUAUGUAAGAUUUCUAUCUUUAAUCCAUAUUUUAAAUAGUAAGUUGUAGUGUUUUUAUAGAUUUAGUUUGUAACACUGUGUUUUGAAUAAAAGCUUCCAACAUUCCUGUUCUCGAAGUUGCUGUACCAAUGUAGGGGCUUUAACAGUAAAUUAGAUGUAACUUCGUAAUUCUAUUUUUUUCAUGUCAGAAUCUUUUUUGCUGAAAAAUGUGAAGGCUAGUUAUUGUUGGUAUUUGUCUCUAGAUUUAGAUAUUCCAUUCACCAAGUAACUUGAGCCAUAUUUAUUUUAUUCUCCAUCAUAAGUGGUCUUUUGUAUUGAGAGAAUUGGACCUGAUGUUUGUGAAAUUUAUACGCAAUUUGUUUUAUCAUCAGAGCCCAUGUUUGCUAAAAUUAUCUGUACUAGUACUAGGAUAUCAAUGUAGGUUAUUGAAUAUAUUAAUAUGUGUAGUGCUCUGUGAAAAAGGGGGGUUUGAUGCAUGUGCGUACAAUGUUGUUACAGAUUACCCUGUGCAGUCUGCACAGGCUAGUCAGGGACGACACUCUCCGCUUAAAUUAGAUUUUUGCAAGGAAGAGACUCAUUAAAUGAAAAAUAUCAUAAAAGCGGAAAGCUUCUUCCCAGAUACGACACUCUACGCAAAUGCAUUAAACCCAUUGUUCAAGGCCCAUAUGUAUUUAUACCUUGGAUCACAGCUUUUCAUGAUGAAAUAUGAUAUGUGAACAACUUUAACCGAUUUGAUUCAUUUUAAGUCCUAUAUACUGGCCAUUGACAUUUGUCCACUCCUACUUUAUAGGGGCUUGUCAACUGUGUAUACAGUAUCAAAUUUUGAAUUGUAUUUUAUUGUUUAAAGUAUGUAUAAAGAGAUAGCAUAAUAGCAUAAUUCAUGAACAUGUACUUCAUUUUUAUAAAAAACAGUUUAUAGCGUUUUUAGCUCACCUGAGCUCAGGUGAGCUUUUCUAACCGGUCUUUGUCCGUCGUAUGUCCGUCCGUCCGUAAACAUUUCCUUGUAAACAUUCUAGAGGCCACAUUUCUUGUCCCAUCUUCAUGAAACUUAGUCAAAAGCUUUGCCCCAAUAAAAUCUCGACCGAGAUCGAAACUGGGUCAUGCCGGGUCAAAAACUAGGUCACUAGGUAAAAAAAAGAAAAACCUUGUAAACACUGUAGAAGUCACAUUUGAUGCCCAAUCUUCAUGUAACUUUGUCAAAAUGUUUGCCUUAAUGAUAUGUUGGUCGAGUUCAAAAGUGGUUCCAGUCCGUUGAAAAACAUGGCCGCCAGUGGGCGGGGCAGUUUUCCUUAUUUGGCUAUAGAGAAACCUUGUAAACACUCUGGAAGUCACAAUUUUUGCCCAAUCAUCAUGAAAGUUGGUCAAAACAUUGGUUUUAUUGAUAUCUCGGACGGGUUCGAAAAUGGUCCAGAUCGGUGAAAAAACAUGGCCGACAGUCGGCGGGGCAUUUUUCUAUAUAUGUAUAUAGUGAAAACAUGUGAACACUCUAGAAGUCACAUUUUUGGCCCAAUAUUCAUGAAAUUUGGUCAGAACAUUUGUUUCCUUGAUAUGAGAGUUGAGAUCGAAAAUGGUUCUGGUCAGUUAAAAAACACGUCUGCCGGCCGGGGGGGGCAGUUUUCCUUAUUUGGCUAUAGAGAAACCUUGUUAACACUCUAGAAGUCACAAUUGUUGCCCAAUCAUCAUGAAAAUUGGUCAAAACAUUGGUUUUAUUGAUAUCUCGGACGAGUUCGAAAGUUGUCCAGAUCGGUGAAAAAACAUGGCCGCCAGUGGGCGGGGCAUGUUUCUCUAUAUGUAUAAAGUGAAAACAUCUGAACAAUCUAGAAGUCACAUUUUUGGCCCAAUUUUCAUGAAAUUUGGUCAGAACAUUUGUUUCCUUGAUAUGAGUUGAGUUUGAAAAUGGUUCCGGUCAGUUGAAUAACAUGGCUGCCAGGGGGGAGGACAGUUUUCCUUAUUUGGCUAUAGAGAAACCUUGUAAACACUCUAGAAGUCACAAUUUUUGCCCAAUCAUCAUGAAAGUUGGUCAAACCAUUGGUUUUAAUGAUAUCUCAGACGAGUUCGAAAAUGGUCCAGAUAGAUGAAAAAACAUGGCCGCCAGUGGGCGGGGCAUUUUUCUCUAUAUGUAUAGCGUGAAAACAUGUGAACACUCUAGAAGUCACAUUUUUGGCCCAAUUUUCAUGAAAUUUGGUCAGAACAUUUGUUUCUUUGAUAUGAGAGUUGAGUUCGAAAAUGGUUCCGGUCAGUUGAAUAACAUGGCUGCCGGGCGGGGGGGGGGGGGGGGGGGGCAGUUUUCUUAUAUUUAUAUAGUAAAAAAAGCUUGUGAACACUCUAGAAAUCACAUUUUUUGCCCAAUCAUCAUGAAACUUCGUACAAAGAUUGGUUUUAUAUAUAUCACAUAAUUAAUGCCCUUAGAUUGUCCAAAUUUUCAUUAUAUUAUACAAAAUCCUUGUAAACACUCUAGAGGUCACAAUUUUGUUUCAGAUUUUAUGAAUCUUUGUCAUAAUAUUUAUUUUUGUAAGCAAAGUUUGAUGUUUGGUAAGGAGGGUCAACUCAAAAUAUAAGUCACCUGGUCAAAUCUUACAAAAACACUCCAUAUGCUAGAGUUUUGGUUCAAUAAUGAUGAAACUUGCCCAGGAUGUUUGUCUGGACAAUAUCUAGUUUGACGUUUGGUAUUGAUUAAAUGAACCGACUCCUCUCAGGUGAGCGAACUAGGGCCAUGUUGGCCCUAUUGUUUAGCAUUAUCAUAAUUAUGAUGUCACUGUACACUUUUCAUGUUUAUUAUAGAGAAAUAAUAUCAGUAUUAGCACUAGAAAGAAUUGUAUAAGAAGCUUCAGAAGUUUGAAUCAUGAACAAACCAUUUAAAUAAAAAGAUAUAUAAAUAUAGCAUAUUGUAUAUCAAAUCAUAUGAAAAAGACACGCAUGUAAUUAUUUUGUAUUAUUUAUAAUUUCAAGUUACGGUUCAAGGUCUAUUUUCCCAAAAAUAAAAUUAUUGGUGUUUGAAUUACAAGUCCUUAAAGUAUUCCUGUUAAACCAUUUCCAUAAAUGUGAACCCUGUGUAUUUGUUCCCAUGGUGAUAUUCCACGAUAUUGUUGAUUUAAUUGUUUCUUCUAGAAUUGUGAUGAGCAUGUUGAACAAAUAAAUAUAGUGUUGAAUAAAAUUCAAUGUAA